UACUUUUCUCUUACCCAAACUAUCGCUAAUAGUACUGCAAUCCAGCUGCACGUUGCCCAACCAUGUCCGAAGCAAAUGCCGCCGAAACCAAGAAAGCUCCAGAGCCCGUAGCCCCUGCCCCUGCUCCUGUUGUCAACACGCCAGCUCCGGCUCCUGCUGUCAACACGCCGGCUCCUGCUCCUGCUGUCAACACGCCGGCUCCUGCUCCCGCUGUCAACGCACCAGCUCCCGAGAAACCGGCGGACGACGCCCCCGCACCUGAUGGAAAACCAGCGGAAGAUGCUCCCGCUGCCGACAAACCCGUCGAGGACGCUGCCCCCGUUUCUGACAUCAAGGUGGGAAGUCGCGUUGCCAAGAAGUUCAAGAAGAGAAAUUACUAUGGCGAAAUAACCGAAAAGUGGACGGAUGAUGCCGCAAAGGCUCCAAGAUGGCAUGUCAAGUACGACGAUGGUGACGAGGAGGAUCUCAACGAGAAGGAACUCGCCCGUGCCGCCAGGCUUUAUGAGAAAGUAAAGAAAAACGACCAAAAGAUCAACCCUCGCAAGCCACGCAGUACACCAACUAAACGCAAAAGCUUUGAUGGAAAACCUCCCCCUCGAUCAAACAAGUAUCCGAAGAGAAAGAGCACUGGAAAAUAGGAGUUAUCCUGUGUCAUAUCGUAUUCAAUCGAAGCGAUUCUAUUCUUACAAGUGUUGGCAGAAGAGAACGCAGUGCAGGAAUUUAGUGUUUUGAGCAAGGGGAAGAAAGUGGAAUCGUACUUACAGAGUAGUUUGAUGGUGUGACUGAUUUGGUCGCAUUUUGGGAUUCAACCCAACGAUCGAGAAUUUUUGCCGGGUAGAAAUUUUAGUUGCAGGUGAUGGGAGAUACCGCUCUCAGCUAGUAUUGUAAUGUCUGCAAGGUAGUGCCAACAGUCAACCCAGAAUGUAAAUACGAGUUGGUGAAAGGAAUAAACUCCUACAGUAGGUACGUACGCAAUGGGAAACGAUAAUUUAGUAGUUUGCAAUAUCAAAUAAUAAUACCGAUUAUGUGUUGAGCCAAGAACAAUCAAAGUAGUAGUCUCUGCGGCGGAAAGGGUUUACUAAUAAAAAAACUACCGUUGA